AAGCCUAGUUGCUCCCAUAACAAUACAAAAUCAAUCUAAUAUGAAGCUUGGCAAAUAAUGUAUGCUUUUGUUUUGAAUUAAAAUCCCAAUGGCAGCCAUAUUGACAUUUCCGUUAUUGUCGCUGGCUGCACAGAGCUGAUUGGAUUACUCUGCUUCACUUGACGUUUUGGCUGCUUUGAAACCCAAACUAGAACUAGAUGUCAAAUUAACUGAACACCUUAUCUGGAUUCAGCAUGAAGAAGUUUUUUGAAGACAUAAAGAAAGAUGUCAAAUUUAAAUCAGCUGGGCCUGGAAAGAAACUUACCGAAGACAGUGGUAGCAGUAAGGCCCAGGUGAAGCAGAGCACUGCCAAGAGUCAGUCGCGUCACGCGCCCACGGAAGGAGCCCAGAGAGCAGGAGCAGCUGCCCUGGCCAGGAUAGAGCAACAACACAAGCCAAUAAGCUUCACAUCUCAGGAUGCCAUUCGCAAUCAGGUCAAGCGGGAGUUGGAAGCAGAGGCUGCAGCAACAGCCGCUACUCCUGAGGCUCCUGCAGGUCCAGUGAUGGAGUCUCGUAACCUGUCUGUUCCUGGCAUCUAUUUCACCUGUCCUCUCACUGGAGCUCUGUUGACCAAGGCUGAAAGAGAGCCACACAUUAAAGAAGCUAUACUCAUGAGAUUCUCAGAGGACCCAGUUGUUGCAUCCAUCAUGAUGAUGCACACAUUCAACAGAGACCAGGAGAAGGUCAAGGGAGCAGUGGAGAUCAUCAACAAGUACAUUGACAACAUCUGCAAGAAUCCAACAGAAGAGAAAUACAGGAAGAUCAAACUCUCCAAUAAGAUCUUUCAGGAAAGGGUGAACUGUGUGGAGGGUUCUCAGGAGUUUCUCCAGGCCCUGGGGUUUGAGAGGACCGAGUUGCCAAUCGAUGGACAAGAUGGCAAUGAGGAGUUCCUGGUGUUGGCAGAGCAGGAUGAGGAAUCCCUAGAGAGUCUGAAGGAGAGGGGCGAGCAGUUGAGGAACGGGGAGCCAAUCAGGGCCCAGCUGGACCGCCAGGCACAGGCCUUCAGCCCCUCCCCCUACGCCACACACUUUGACCUGCCGCCAGACUUCUACAAUCUCACUGCAGAGGAGCUGAAGAAGGAGCAGCAACUCAAAAGUGAGAUUGUGGACAGAAAUUCAAUGUUGCGAACAAAAGCCAUGCGCGAGAGGGACGAGCAAAGAGAAAGAAGAAAAUACAAUUAUGCUCUUAUAAGAGUACGGCUGCCAGAUGGAAUUCUGCUUCAGGGUACCUUCUUGGCACGAGAAAGGGUUGCAGCACUUUACGAGUUUGUGCGUGCAGCACUUGAGGACGGCUGGCAGCCAUUUGAACUGAUGGCUCCAGGAGGGAAGAAACUAAUUGAGGAUGAAGACGUCCCUCUUAAUGAGUGUAAUUUGGUCCCUUCCGCUGUGGUGACGUUUUCCUGGGACGAGGCAGUAUUGGCAGACAUUGCCGCCGCUGGAAAAGCAAAAACAUCUGUGCUGAACGAAGAUCUGCUAGAGAACAUCAAGGUCCUCAGCUGAACUCCUGCUAAUCAGACCCUAAUAGCUUCUUGUGUGUCAUCCGAAUCUGCCCUCUGACCUUGUCCUCCCCAUCAUUAAUCCUUGUUCUGAAUGGCUUUGCGCAACUUCUCUCUGGUCAUUUCAGGAUGAGGUCACUGACCUCCAAAAUAUCAUGCAGUGCUGCACUUUUGAUGUUGAUAACCAGCUGUAACGUGGUCAUUGGAUAAAUGGGGCAUGUUGCACAGGCCCAGAAUGGUAGGAAGUAAAGGUUGUGUCAUGGCAUGGCAGAUAUGCAGAAGUUGAAUUCUAGACACAACAUAGAAGACUUCAAUUUGGAAGUGUGGUCUUGAGUCCCAACACUGAAAAUGUGAUCAUGAAUGUCAUUUAGGAAGGCGUGACGGAACAUUUCAUAGCAACUCUUUACCAAUGAAGACUGGCGUCUCAACUUUCACCGUAUGGUAUUUUCCCUCACUGUUUGGGGAACAUAGUGGCACCCUGGACAUUAAGCCCAUUUGAUAAAGCUCUACAUGUGACCAGCA